AUGUCGCGGAUGAUCCUCCUGCGAAUGCGGCUCAGGCGGUGCUUGCGCCUGGGCGAGUCCUCGUCAACCGCCGCCUCCGCCUCCAUCCCCCCGUCGCGCCCGGGCGUCGACGGCCCGCCCACCCCGGCGACGUCGUCGUUCGUCGCCGUCGACGCCUCGCUGUUCUCCGAGUUCGUCCGCCCUCUUCGCGCCGCGGGUCGGCGCGGCGAGAAGAACUCGUCCCACGAGUCAUCCUCAUCGUCCGCAAUGGACGGCGACGUCUGCACCCCCUUGCUCGGGGAGAGGACCGCGCGUCUCGCCGUCUGCACGGACUUGGACGGCGACGAAAUCGGACCGCGGUUUGAGUGUGUCGGGGAUCGGGCGGCGGACGUCGGCGACGCGAUGCCGUACGCCCUCGCCCUUCGAGCCGCCUGCUCGCGGAGGUACUCCUCGACGACGUCCUCGGCUCGCGACCUGCCGAGAGCCCUGCGUCGCUGGCGUCGCUCGUCGUCCUCGUCGUCGCUGCGCUCGUCGGCGAUCAUGUCCGCGAGGGUGUUGUGGAGCACCGCGCGGCGCAUCUGCGACGCGCGCUCCUGCUCCGACGCGAGCCUCUCGCGCCUGCGUCGCGUCUCGUCCAGGGACCAGUCCAGCCGGCGCCGCACCUCCUUGGCCUCGGCGAUCGCGGCGGCGCCGUCCGCGCCGGCGCCGCCCUCGACGCCGCGCACGUCCUCGUCGAUGGCGUUGAGGAUGGCGUCCGCCGCGUUGGACGCGUUGGACGCGUGCGCGAACUGCCUGCGCUCGGCGGCGAUCGCGAGCUCCGACCUGUCGCGCUCGAGUUUCGCGUGGUAG